UAACUUAGAACUAAACUGUUGAACAGCAAAUACUACGAACACGCAUACUUAUAUUUAAGCCUGCAAUCCAUAAAAGAAAACAUACGCACACUUAUACACUGCUCUUAAUACAAAAAAUUUAGAUAAAUUAAGACUAAACCCCCACUCAGACCAAACGACACACAUACAAAUUCUACACUUUGUACAAACGAAAAAGCAGCAGCACUCUAGAAAACUAAUAAGAAACCGAAGAAGAAAAGGAGGAAUCGUACAUAUACAUGCAUCGUGUAACGGAUACGUUGUUGCUUUUGAACUCAACUCUGUGGGCAGAGAGUUUCUCCCGUAAUUGUGUACUCGACGACGUGCUCUGCGACAAACAAACGUAACUUAAGUUUAGUUUUGGGUUUUAACGAAACCAAUCAUUACGGGUGUGUUCGCGAACGUAGAUACAUCAGGCGGAGAAAAAAUCUAUGCAUCGCUCGGAAAAAACAAGACACAUUUGUUUAGAAAAAUUCAAGGCAUCAGAAAACUCGGAACGGAAAAUAUAUUCAACAAAGAUAAAAAAACACAUAAUAGUAUGCUUACAUAUAUUGCUCACUUAAUACCAAAAAACAAAUAACAAAAAAUAAGUAAAAAAAAUAAUAAUAAUACAAAAGCCUGAAAGCCACCACAGAAGAAACAAAAUAAUUUUAUGGUGCAAUAUAAUUAAAAGUGAAAAUUACCAAAAAGCUUAAAGAAAUGUCACACAAUUUUCUCUAAGAAAAAUAGAAAAAUUAAAGAAAAUAAGAAUAGAAAAUUUGUUUCCUAAACUUACAAUGCCUUAACAAUGAGACAAAGUUUUACUCCAAUUUCAUUGGAAACUAGUGAUGCAAAUACAAAAAUAUUACAAAAAAAUAUUUGGCAAAUUGGAAAACAGCUCACACAUACUUAACUUAAAACGGAUUAUCGCAGAAUAUUUUUAAAAGGAUAGAUAUAUCUUCGGCCAUAAAAGCAAAGUAGCACAUUUUCAAAUCCCUUUCAAUCACAAUAACAAUGUUGGCCACACACACACACAAUAACAGCCCAGAUGAUGGGCCUGUGCAUAACAUCGUCACCGCUACAAUCGCCACCCCCAUUAAAAUGGAGAGACGUGAUUCAGCCACAUCCGAAUCAUCGUUGGAGCAUUUGGAUUUGGGUCGCACACCGAAAAAAUUGAGUGCAGCCACCUCUACCCCAGUUGUGACCAAUGAUAAAACACGGAAUGCCGCUGCUGGUGCCUUAGUUGAGCCGAGUAACACAGAUAACGAAAGAUAUUUGCAGCAUCAUCGCAAUAAAAUGCAACAGGAUUCCGAUGAGGCCAAUGACUACGAUGAUGAAGAGUCGGCCGAUGAGAAGAGCAUUACAGCUCCACGCCAACAAAUGCAGCACAAGCGUCGCCUGACUUCUCGCAAUUUCAUGGACAAACAUACCAGCGUACACAUAGAAUAUAACGCGGACAAUCCCAAUUCGCUGCGUAAGAAAUUCCGUUUCAAUCGUAGUUCCAUAGAUCAUGGUAACGAGUCUGGUUUCGUUGAUGCCAGCAGCAGUCAGUUGUUGAGUUCAAGCCCAGUGACAGCUACUACCGUAGUCCUUGAAAAUAUUGGCCCUAACAAUGGUGACAAUAAUGGUGGUUCUAAAUCGAAUAGUUCAUCGGCCGCCUCCACACCGCCUCAUCAGCAAAGCAAUGGUAGCAAUUCAAGCGCCGACUCAGCAACGGGCGAGGAUAUGAAAUAUGUUUGCCCAAUUUGUGAUGUGGUUUCGGCCACACCGCAUCAAUUUACAAAUCACAUUCGCUGCCACAAUUAUACCUCAGGGAAUACGGAGAAUUUCACCUGCCGUAUUUGCUCAAAGGUACUGUCAUCUGCAUCUUCGCUGGAUCGCCACGUUCUAGUUCACACUGGGGAAAGACCAUUCAAUUGUAAAUAUUGUCAUCUCACUUUUACAACAAAUGGCAACAUGCAUCGCCACAUGCGCACCCACAAACAGCAUCAGCACACACAUCAUCGGCGCAACUCAAAUGGAACAAAGUUCAACUCGAACACCACGGCGGCGGCGGCGAAAGCGGCAAUUGGGGGUUGCCCAACGCCAUUAAGCCAUAGUGGACAAUUAAGUGAAGGCGUUAAAUUAUCAGCAGUGGUAGCGGCUUCGCCUACAGCCAACGAGGCAGAGCUCAACAGCCAUGGUGUGUUGGCAUCUGCUGCAGCAAACAACAACCACAACAUAGGCGGCAGCAGUAACACGACAGGUGCUAAUGACAAGCGAUUAAGUGUUAACGCUGAAGCCACAUCAGCUCGAGAAAGUUAUGAAAGUGAUGGUGAGUGCUGCUCUUCGGAUAAUUCAAUGGCUCACAACAACAAUAACAAUGACUUGAAAAUUAACAAUAAUAACUAUAAACGUAAGUUAAGUGGUGGUGGCGAUGAUGUUGAUGAUGAUCUCCUUAGGCAACACCAACUACAACAACGCAAUCAAAACUCUGAAGAGUUGUUUAAGCAACAAUUAAAAGCAAUUGUUAACAACAAAUCCACCAACGUCGCCAACUCCAAUACAUCCCCCCGUAACAGCCGCGAGGAAGAUGGCAAAUCGGCUCAAGCUUCCAGCAAUGAGCCCUUAAUCUGUCCCGUCUGUAAUGAUGAUGAAUUUUCUGAUGUUAUGGCCCUGGAUCAGCAUAUGGAUGCCAAACACCCAGAAAUUCCAGCCAAGUGUACCCAUUGCGGCGUUAUUUUCCGUUCUCAUCAUCAGCUCAGCAUACAUCCCUGUUCGGCUGAUGAUGUGAAACCUCAGGUUGUUGUUGACCACCCUAGCACUCCGAGACAGCGGAAGUUAAGUGAACACUCUGUGGGACAUUCUCCGCAAGAUCAUUCUCCAGAUGACCAUGAGCAUAAUGCGGACCAACGAAGACGCCAAGAAUUAUUCCAACACGUGGAAUUGAAAAAUAUGAUGAGCCGAACCCACACGCCUUCCUCCUCUUAUCAUAAUUUAGAUCUUGCCGAAGACGAUAUUAAAUCGGAACCUUCUGCCGGCCAUGAUUCUAAAGAUUUAGCUGAUAUCCAGUCGAUACUUAAUAUGACCUCGUCGUCGAGUACUUCGAAUUUCCUCAAAAAUUUUGAACAAUCUGUGAAUACGCCAUCAUCACAAUUCAGUUACGACCGUGAUGAAGAAGAGGCCCAAGAUGUUUUCACGGCCGAAUUUCGUAAAAUGAAAUUGCGCGGCGAGUUCCCCUGCAAGUUAUGUACAGCGGUUUUUCCUAAUCUCAGGGCCCUCAAGGGCCAUAACCGAGUACACCUUAGUGAGGUAGGCCCUGCGGGUCCCUUCCGCUGCAAUAUGUGCCCAUAUACGAUUUGUGACAAGGCGGCCCUGGUACGCCAUAUGCGUACACACAAUGGCGAUAGACCGUAUGAAUGUGCCGUCUGUAAUUAUGCCUUUACAACCAAAGCCAACUGUGAACGCCAUUUGCGCAAUCGCCACGCCAAAACAACUCGAGAUGAAGUUAAACGUGCCAUUAUCUAUCAUCCUUCUGAGGAUUCGAGUUGUGAUGAUCCUACUAAAAAGCAACAUCUCUUCUCCUCACCUGAUAUCGAAGACGAUAUUGAAUUCUAUCAACAGCCCGGUCGAAGAGACAGCUCCACGCCUGUUUCUCAUCUCAAAGAAAUGCUGACAUCGGGGACUGAUAAUCAUGCCUCCCCCAAACCGGCAAAAAUCCAAGUGAAGAACCUAAAUGAAAUGUUGGACAAAUCCACAUCUUCCUCAGGUUACAACGAUAGUUACGAUAAACAACUGAGUGAAAAAUCUGCAACUGUUGCCAUUGAUAUGAGUAUGGACGUUUUAGAUCUGAGCAAAAAGCCUACAGGCCGAACAAACGCACAGAAACCCAAUGAAACAAACGAUGAAAUGCCUCAUCCUCUAAUGCAAAAGGAAGAGAACAUAUCCAUUGGCCCUUUGAUGCCCAGUAGUGUCGAUGAGGCAUCAACACUGGAAAAGCAACAACAAUUGCUUAUGGGUCAACAGCCGUGGCUCAACGAUACGGCCCAAUACCUACAGCAACUAUAUCGAAAUUUACUAUUUCCACAACUCAAUCCCUUCCUAAUGCCUAAUUCUCCAUUUAUGCCUCAAAAUAUGGCUGAUUUUCAGAAAUUGGCUCCAUUCUUUAGAACUAUGUUGGGCACUACUGCGGGGACGACAUUACCGCCUUCAGCCGAUUUGGAUAAGGCCACAUCUUCUGCACCACCUACAGCAAAUUUACCUCCUAUUAGUCCCAUGAUGACGGAAAAGUCUAGUUCGGUCUCAAUGGCCUCGCCGAAGGCUGGAUUACUCUCUCCCAACCCGAGUCAUCUCAGCAUACCCAGACAUGUUGUGAAUGGCUCAUUGUCCACACAAACUCCACAUUUGCCACCUACCAUUUUAUCCAACGGGCCGGUUAAAAUGGUUUUAAAAAAUGGCGUGUUUAUGCCUAAACAAAAGCAAAGGCGUUAUCGCACCGAACGUCCCUUCGCCUGCGAACAUUGCUCUGCCCGCUUUACCCUGCGAUCAAACAUGGAACGCCACGUGAAGCAACAACAUCCCCAAUAUUAUGCUCAACGUCAGCGUAGUGGUCAUCAUGUAAUGCGUGGCCGCGGAGCCAGCAAUGCUGCCAAUAUAAAUAACAUAACCCGCCUACAGGCUGCCGUUGCCCACGCGCAUUAUGGUGGUAAUCCAAAUUCAUCAAUUACCAGCCACUCCCCUAUUUCGGAUCAGGUCAAAUAUGCAAUCUUGGCCCAACAACUCAAAGCUCGGAAGGAUCCGGAUCUUCUGCAACAAGCUUUAGUACAUGGUUCAAAUAGUGUUGCCAAUUCAAAUUUAUUUUCAAAUCAUUUGAGUGCUCAUAACAAUGGUGGAGCUGCGGUGCCACAUGCCUUUCCCAACUAUUCCAGUCAUCAACAACAUCAGCAACAGCACUUGAGUCAAAAUGGCACCCCUAACGGUUCCAUGGAGGACGAUGAGCCCAAACUAGUAAUCGAUGAAGAUGAUGAUGAUGAAGAAUGCGAUGAGGAGGAUGAAGAUGAGGUGGGAGAAAUUCAUGAUGAUGACGAUGACUAUCCCGACCAUGACAUCCAACUGAUGGAGAAGGACGCUGACCCCGCGGAGGAACACCAGUUACCCACCACGGUGGAAGAGGUUAAACUUAAGCCCGAAGAAAAAAAAGAAGCUGCCAAAAAGAUGGCAGAGUCUAUAUUGGAACAGGCCAUUAAGGCUGGCCAAAAUAUGCCAACCAAAACAGAAGUACCUGCUACUGUGAAUUCCAACAACACCAUGAAAUCCAUGAUUGCUCAAGCUCCAGCUGUGGGAAAAUUUCUGAAAGAGGUGGCCAGUUCCCCAUUCAAAGAUGAAUCUCAAGACCUGGUGCCCGUAGCAAAGUUAGUAGACAAUGCUACCAGCAACUCAGUGUCAUUCAACAGCUAUUUUCGCCCUGGAGAUGUGGCCAAUCACAUGGAUCACAGUGAUGAGGAGGGUUUAGUGGCCUCCGGCAGUGCCAGUGAAAGCAAUAAUUCAGGCGCUGAAGAUGCUGCCACCAGUGCUCAAACCAAGAAGAAGUCAGCCUAUAGCUUGGCUCCAAAUCGUGUAUCCUGUCCAUAUUGCCAACGCAUGUUUCCUUGGUCUAGUUCCCUUCGACGACAUAUUUUGACACAUACCGGACAGAAACCUUUUAAAUGUUCUCAUUGCCCUUUGCUUUUUACAACAAAGAGCAACUGUGAUCGCCAUCUAUUGCGCAAACAUGGCAAUGUGGAGUCUGCAGUCUCCGUCUAUGUACCCGAUGAGGAUGUCAACGAACCCAUACCCUUGCCCAAGUCCGUUGAAGAAAUCGAAAGAGAAAAGGAACGUGAAGAGGAAGAAAAGCGACGUUUGGCCGAAGAACAAAGAGAACGCCUGGAGCGAGAGCAACGAGAAAAGGAGAAACUUGAGCAAGAGCGUCAGCAGCAACAGCGCCAGGCUAUUCGCAAGCUGGCGGAAGUACAAUUUAACCAGUUCCAACUGAAGACCGAGGCGGCACCAGCUUCGGCAAUUUCCUCUUCUGAAUUGCCUUAUAAAUGCCAUUUAUGCGAGAGUUCCUUUGCUGAGAGAGCUCAAUGUCUGGAUCACAUCAAAUGUUUUCACACUCAGGAAUAUGAUUUGUUAUUGUCCAAAGGCGCCAUAGAUAGUGAGGUCGAAGCGAACCAAAUCAAUUCCAAUGAGGAAGAGGAGCGCAAUCGAACCCAAGAGGAGGCAACAAAGGGAGUAAAAUAUCCAGAUUAUAGCAAUCGCAAAGUUAUAUGCGCAUUUUGUGUGCGACGUUUCUGGUCCACCGAAGAUCUACGACGCCAUAUGCGUACCCAUUCGGGGGAGAGGCCAUUUCAGUGUGACAUUUGCCUGCGCAAAUUCACAUUGAAGCACAGCAUGCUGCGCCACAUGAAGAAGCACAAUGGUCUUCAUGGCAAUGGCUCGUUGCACGGAGUUGAUGGUCUGCAUAAUGGCAAUAGCUGCUCAGACUACUCAGAUGACGAACAAGGACCAUUGCCGGCUGCACCAGCAGCACCACCUGCGAAUUUUAAUGCCCUCUUGUUGGGUACCAUGGGCUCCAAAAUACAGGAAUUGCUAAGCAAGGCCAACGAGUGGGGCAAUGGAGCUGGCCUCUCAGUGCUGAGGGAGCGUAAGCAGAAUAUUAACGACGAUUCGGCUAUGGUACAAUCGGAUCUAAUUGGCAAUCUCUUGGGCAUCAGUGAUCAGGGCAUACUCAAUAAAUUGAUGUCAUCGCCAGAUGAGGCAGCCAAGCUGUUGGGAGUUGAAAAGUAAAGGCUACAAUCAACUCACCCCACUCCUCUUUUCUUUCCUAGUUAUUCUCUAGUCACUUGACACACGGUCUCUUGUAUUUUGUACUUAUAUAACUUUAGCUCGCAUAUCGUCCUCAUCGCCCUGAUAUCUACUACAACAGUCUUUUGAGGGAAUGCGUUCAAUGUUUUUUUCUUUUUAAUUUCAUCAUUAAACUUUAAAUUAAAGUUUUUAUUUCAACACAGCUCCAUUUUUUUU